AUGCCACUCUAUUCAAAAAUUUUAAAAUAUUUGUUAACCAAGAAGAGCAAGUACAUUCAUAGUGAUAAUAUUGUUGUGGAGGGAAAUUGCAGUGUGGUGAUUCAAAGAAUCCUUCCACUGAAGCACAAGGAUCCUAGGAGUGUCACAAUUCCCUGCUCUAUUGGUUCUGUGUUUGUUGGAAAAGCUCUCAUUAAUUUGGGGGCCAGAAUAAACUUGAUGCCGCUCUCCAUGUGCAGGAGACUUGGAGAGUUGGAUAUUAUGCCAACAAGAAUGACACUACAACUAGUAGAUCAUUCUAUUAACAAACCUUAUGGUGUAAUUGAAGAUGUUCUGGUUAGAGUGAAGCAUUUUACUUUCCCCGCUGAUUUUGUAGUGAUGGAUAUUGAAGAGGACACUGAAAUCCCCUUGAUUUUGGGUUGUCCCUUCAUGUUAACCGCCAUUUGCGUGGUGGAUAUGGGAAAGAUAAAGCUGGAAAUGGGCAUAGCUGAUCAGAAGAUCAGCUUUGAUUUGUUUGAUGAAGAAAAGCAUUUGCUCAACCAGAAUGUUUGUUCAAAGGUAAAUGAAGGAUGGAAGGAGAUGGUUCAGAAGAUGGCCUCCAGGAAGAGGAAAUCCACUGUCUCCAGACCCCGGGAGCCCUAUGACACCACCAGAUUCAUAUCUGAGGGCGCCUAG